AUGCCCACGGGCUCUUACAGAUACAGUAAACAUUCAGACAUUCGGACGAGGUCAAAAAUUAACAAGGUCCAGUCGUCCACCAUGUCUCCAAGAUGGACUCCACUCCUUGUCGCCCUUCUAAUACUGAUUAUCUCCGUUAAUGCUGGCCGUAUCGUCAGGGAACCCCAAAGAUUUGGACGUCCAGGCCGCCCAGGGUAUGGCAACCAAGGAUUUGGCAACCAAGGAUUUGGCAACCAAGGAUUCGGCAACCAAGGGGGCAACCAAGGUUUUGGCAACCAAGGUUUUGGCAACCAAGGAUUUGGCAACCAAGGGGGCAACCAAGGACAAGGUUUUGGUGGCGGCUUUGGCGCUUCCCAAGCGGGGGCAAUCAGCAUAAACACUCCCUUUGGAGGAUUCUCGGGAGCUGGAGCCAACUCUUUUGGAGCAGGUUUUGGAGCUGGUAACGGGAAAUAA